AGGCCCGGCUGAUGAUGAUGAUGAUGAAGGUGAUGAUGAUGGUGGUGAUGAUGAUGAUGAAGGGGCUUCUCCCGCUCCACGCGCUCCACCAGCCGGUCUGAUAGUAAGAUGCCACCGGGCCCCGGAGCUCGGCACGCGGCUCGGAUCGAGAACAACCCGGGAUAAUAAAACAAGAGGAAACUCAGCAGCCACUGAACAGCAGAGACCCAGAACCCGGACCGGGACCAGCCGGGAGGGAGAGCGCGGGAUCAGGGAGCUCUGCGCCGGGAGCAGAGGUGCACCGAGCCGCGUCAGGAGCCAGACAGGUCAGCAGUGAUGCUGCUCCCGCGCCUCCCGGUCCUGUCGGCGCUCCUGGUUCUGCUGCUGGCCGCUGGACGCUGCACCGCGGUAACUGUGCUCCGGGGCUCAGGUACCCGGGUGGAGGGGCGUCCAGACGGACGCAGCCUGCUGGAGCUGGUCGGCCGGUACCCGAAACCGAGGACCGAGACGGCAGUGGGACUCACCAGACAUGGAAUGAGAACCCCGGAGAGAGAAAGCAGGUCACACCAGGGACUGGAGGGUCACCCCCGAGAUCCUCAACACAAGGAAAAGUUCAUCAGACACCUGACAGGUCCUCUUUACUUCAACCCAAAGUGCAGGAAACAUUUCCACAGACUUUACCACAACACCAGAGACUGUACCAUACCUGCCUAUUAUAAAAGAUGUGCUCGUCUGCUGACUCGAUUGGCCAACAGCCCCCGCUGCAGCGAGAGAUAAACACAUGCCUCUGGACAGGAAGUGCUGCCAUGUCAAUGAACAGGGUAGCACAUCCUGAUGAGGUCCAUCCACUGACGAGCAGCAGAGGUUCUCCAGCCAAGAGAACCUCCUCUGAGGAACCACUGUGAUGACUCUGAUUCCCUACCAGUCUUUAGAACGCACUGUUCUCCGUCCUCUUCCAGCGUCAUUAUUAUUUAACCCACCUGUCUAUUCUACUUCUGUUCUGUUCAACAACUUGUCCACGAUCUUCUACAAGGUUCAUCUGUUCUUCAUGAACGUGUUGUGUUCUCCUGGGUUCUGCUGAUCUCCACCUCUCAUUCAGACUGAAAAAAGAGAACAGAUUUCUAUUUUUCUAAAGCCGUCUGAUGAUCUCAGGUGAUUCUACUGGUUUCUACUGAAGCUGGAACGAAGUGGAAUGGCGCCUGAAGAACAAGAAGAACAUCAGAUUUGAUCUGGACGCUGACGCAGGUUUCAACAGAACCUUUAAUCUGGGACCAAAUGUUUUUCAGGGUUUUGUUUCUCUUGAUAUUUCGGACACCGCUGACGUCUCGGAGGAACUAUAAAUGGACAAACCCUCUGAUUGGACGUCGGCUGAAUGUGUUUGAUGUUCCUGGUUCAUCAUAAAAACAGUGAUAAUAUUCAGUAUAUUUAUAUGCUUUCAGAUGCAUGUGCAAUAUGUACAUACUGUCAGAGAAUAAAGACGCACGUUUGAUACA